AAUGAAUUUGAACAGAUACCUGGCUAGCUAAACAUCUCUUAACGCAAGCACUAUUAUAGUUCAUACGUAGAGUUAUUUUAUUAAUUUGUAAUUGUAAUAAGUUAACAGUUUUACUUUUUAGUCAUUUACAUAUCCGUACCAAAAGACAAUGCAGAUGCUAGCUAUAAGCUAAAUGUUAGCUAGCUAACUUAGGUUCGUAGCGUUAGCUUGAGCAUAGUGCGCUACCUAGCUAGCUAUAUUGAGUACAUUUCCUUUAAUAAAUAUAAAGAGAGAUGGCGGAGUGCACGACUCUAGACAGCCUACUGGAAAUGGGCUUUGACAGAAACAGAGCGGAGAAGGCUCUGGCACACACUGGGAACCAGGGUAUAGAGAGAGCCAUGGAUUGGCUAAUGGAACAUGAAGGUGACCCAGAUAUUGACGAGCCCUAUGUGCCUCCAGAAGGAAAUGUUCUCGGAUCAACUGACAGCGAACAUAGUCCAUCUGAGCCAGGCCCGGGCCCAGGCCCGGACCCAGGCCCGGACCCAGGCCCAGACCCCGACCUCACCACAGCAGAAGAGGGAGAAAUGAAACAGGAGGGCAAGAGACCAAUGACAGAGGAGGAAAAACAGGCACAGAUUAAAAGGCUGGAAGAACUGAUGAAGAUAAAGCAGGAGGAGAGGAGAGAGAGGGAGCGUCAGGAGGAGGUAGAGAGGGAGAAGCAGAGGCGGAAGCAGGGCCAGGAGCUGCUACAGGUCAAGCAGAAGAUGCAAGAUGAUGAAAUGAAGAAGCUGGCAGAACAGCGCAGGAGGGAAAAGAUGGAGGACAGGAUGGCCAAGCAACGGGUUCGAGAGAAAAUUGCACGGGACAGAGAGGAGAGAGCGCAGAAGUUUGGAGGUGGCUCAUCAGCGGCUGUUCCUUCCUCACCCCCAGCUGAAGCUGUCCCCUCUUCUCCUCCUGGCAGUCAGGGACCCCCACCAGCGAAGAAGGACUACGAUGAGUGCCGAAUACAGGUGCGCCUGCUGGAUGGCUCAGCGCUGACGGCUGUGUUCAAGGCUCAGGAGCCGCUAGCCGCAGUGCGGGUGUACGUGCAGAUGAACGGGGUGGAAGGACAGGACUUCACCCUGCUGUCGCCUUACCCACGUCGUGUCUACACCGACCUGGACAUGGAAAAACCCCUGCGUGAACUGGGUCUGGUGCCAUCUGCUGUCCUUGUUGUUGCCAAGAAAUGAGAUGGACUGAAAAAACUCUGAGCUCUCCCUCACCCUUCUAGGAAGUGGGUGUCCUCGCUCUUUGGAGAGAGUGUGAAACAGGAGCACAACACAAUGGACUUAAGGCAUUUUCAUUUGGAUAAAUCCUUUCUAGUGGAACUACACCUAUCUUAAUCAGUGCCAAUUGUUAAAACACGUUGAUUCAUUCAUGGAAUGUCAUUCACCUAUUCAGAAAGCGGUUGAAUUAUGUGGUUUCACAUUUCUCAGGCUCGUACAAUAUAUGCCACGACAGCAGAUUAGACAUAACAUUGGCUACAGUCACAUUUUGUUAAAUAUUUAAUGAGCAAAACACUAUUGUAUUCAGUAAUAAUCCACUACUUGCUUUGAAAUGACUUGGUGAAUAACAGUCCGAUGAAGUCUGUUACUGCUUAAGAUUUGACCGUGUGGGAAAUGCAGACAUCCUCUUGGGAGGAGAUGGAGCAGUCGUGUGGAAAAACAGGCCAGGGAGGCUAAAACAUGCACAGAAUUCACAAUUAGGUUUUGCUUAUUUGCUCUGUUGAAUAUUAAAAACUGUUCCAAUAA